AUGGGCGAGCGUUGUUGUGCGGCGGUACUGCGGGUGCUGGUGCUGCAGGCGGCCUGGGCGCUGUCGGGCGGGCAGGUGCGCUACUCGGUGCCGGAGGAAGCCAAGGCCGGCACGGUGGUGGGCCGUCUGGCGCAGGACCUGGGCCUGGAGGCGGGCGAGGCGGAGGCGCGGCGGCUGCGGCUGGUGGCGCCGGGCCGGCGGGCGAGCGUGGAGGUGAGCGGGGCGAGCGGCGCGCUGCUGGUGAGCUCGCGGCUGGACCGGGAGGAGCUGUGCGGCAAGAGCGCGCCGUGCGCGCUGCGGCUGGAGGUGCUGCUGGAGCGGCCGCUGCGCGUCUUCCAUGUGCAGCUGGAGGUCACCGACAUCAACGACAAUGCCCCCGUCUUCCCCGCCGCCCGGAAAAACCUCAGCAUCGCGGAAUCGUCUUUGCUGGGGUCUCAUUUCCCGCUGGAGGGCGCGUCGGAUGCGGAUAUCGGAGUGAAUGCGCAGCUCACCUACACACUCAGCCCCAGCGAACAUUUUAUAAUAGAGGAAGAAAACAGUAACUCUCGCAGUAAAUCCCUCUUUCUGGUACUCACGAAAUCUCUGGACCGCGAGACGAUUCCCGUGCACCGCGUGGUGCUGACGGCGACAGACGGGGGUCGGCCGUCUCUGACGGGGACAAUGGAGCUGGUGGUCUUCGUGUUGGAUGCAAAUGACAACGCGCCCCAGUUCAACCAGUCCGUGUAUAAUGUACAUUUGUCUGAGGACUCCAUACAAGGAACUCUAGUAGUGCAGAUGAACGCCACGGACGUGGAUGAAGGAAGUAACAAAGAUGUGAAUUAUGAAAUUGAUACUAUUGUUCCUCCCUCUGGCUCAGAUUUAUUCAGCAUUGAUACAAACACUGGGGAAAUCAGACUGACGGGCGCCCUGGAUUUCGAGGGAGUUAAUUUAUACGCCCUAAACAUUCGGGCAACUGAUAAAGGGACACCCCCGCUGUCGGGUCACUGCAAGGUGGUGCUGGAGGUGUUGGACGUGAACGACAACGCGCCGGAGGUGUGGGUGACGUCGCUGUCGGUGCCGGUGCCCGAGGACGCGUCGUUGGGGACGGUGGUGGCCCUGCUGAGCGUGUCGGACCGGGACUCGGGCGAGAACGGUCGCGUGCGGUGCUGGGUGUGGCCGGCGUCGCCGUUCGGUCUGGAGGCGACGUUCGCGGGCUCGUACUCGCUGGUGCUGCGCGAGGCGCUGGACCGGGAGCGGGUGUCGGAGUACGAGGUGGAGGUGCGUGCGGAGGACGGCGGGGCGCCGGCGCUGCGCGCCAGCCGCGGGCUGCGGGUGCCGGUGUCGGACGUGAACGACAACGCGCCCUCGUUCGCGCAGGCCGUGUACACGGUGCUGGCGCGGGAGAACAACGCGGCGGGCGCGGAGCUGGCGCGGCUGUGGGCGCGGGACCCGGACGAGGCGGCCAACGGGCGCGUCAGCUACUCGGUGUGGGACGGCGGCCUGGGCCUGGGCGGCGGCGCGGGGUCGUCAUCCGGCGGCAGCGUGUGGCGUCCGGCGUCGAGCUACGUGUCGGUGGACGCGGAGAGCGGGCGUCUGUGGGCGCUGCAGCCCUUGGACUACGAGGAGCUGCAGGUGCUGCAGUUCGAGGUGCGCGCGGUGGACGCGGGGGAGCCGCCGCUGAGCGGCAACGCCACGGUGCAGCUGUUCGUGCUGGACGAGAACGACAACGCGCCGGCGCUGCUGCCGCCCGCGGGCUCGGCAGCGGAGGCGGGCGGCGUGGCGGCGGCGGAGGCGGCUUUGGCGCUGGCGGGGGCGGGCUCGGAGUCGGGCACGCUGUGGGCGUGGGCGGCGUGGGGGGCGCCGGCGGGGCAGGUGGUGGCCAAGAUCCGCGCCGUGGACGCCGACUCGGGCUACAACGCGUGGCUGCGCUACGAGCUGUGGGAGCCGCGGGGCAAAGGCCCGUUCCGCGUGGGGCUCUACAGCGGCGAGGUGAGCACGGCGCGGGCGCUGGACGAGGCGGACGGGCCUCGCCAGAGGCUGCUGAUCGUCGUGCGCGACCACGGCGAGCCGGCGCGCUCGGCCACGGCCACGCUCAGCGUGUCGCUGCUCGAGGCCGCCGAGGCGGCGCUGGCCGCGGGAUCCUCGUCGUCGUUGGCGGCGGUGUCGCGCUCGGCGGCGGGCGUGGAGCUCGGGGCCGGGGCGGCGAGCGCGGCCACCAACGUGUGGCUGGUGGUGGCCAUCUGCGCCGUGUCCAGCCUCUUCCUGCUGGCCGUGGUGCUGUACGGGGCGUCGCGCUGGGCGCCGCGGGCGGCCGUGCUCUCGGCGCCCGGGCCCACCACGCUCGUGUGCGCCAGCGAAGUGGGCAGCUGGUCCUACUCGCAGCGCCACAGCCGCAGCCUGUGCGUGGCGGACGGCGCUGCCAAGAGCGACCUCAUGGUUUUCAGCCCCAACUUCCCUCCGCCGCCGCCCGCUCCUGCAGCCAAGGACACGCAGCCGGAGCCCUCCGCUCUCCUCGACACGGUCAGUGCCACUGCUUUCAUUCCCUUCUCUGAUCCUUUUUAUCCGCCCUAA